CCUUGCAAAACAGGAAGACAAUCCAACACAACACAACACGACAAAAUACAAUACAACUUCCCUUCUCUUGGACCUACCUCACCUUCCUCCAAUUUUCAACUCCACACAAAACCAAAACCUUCCUUCAGAAUCAAAAAACACUUCAAUUUCUACCAUAAUCGAAUCGAUUCCAUUCCCAAUAAUGUCCCACACACCACCGCAAGCCCUCGAUUCCGAGGAGCCAGCCUCCGAAUCCGCCGCCACUGCCGCCCAAACCCCCGACUCCCAUGCCGCCACGCUCCUCCACCUUUCCUUCAACCAGGAUUCCGGAUGCUUCGCCGCGGCCACUGACCGCGGUUUCCGCAUCUACAACUGCGACCCUUUCCGGGAGAUCUUCCGCCGCGAUUUCGGCCCCGGCGGCGGCGUUGGCCUCGUCCACAUGCUCUUCCGCUGCAACAUACUCGCCUUCGUCGGCGGCGGCGCCGACCCACGUUACCCCCCUAACAAGGUUAUGAUCUGGGACGACCACCAGUCCCGCUGCAUCGGCGAGCUAUCCUUCCGCUCUGAGGUGAAGGGCGUCCGUCUCCGGCGCGACCGCAUCGUGGUGGUCCUGGCGCACAAGAUCUUUGUGUACAACUUCUCCGAUCUCAAGGUGCUGCACCAAAUUGAGACCAUCGCUAACCCUAAGGGCCUUUGCGACCUCUCCCACGUUUCGGCCACCAUGGUUCUAGUCUGCCCCGGGUUGCAGAAGGGGCAGGUUAGGGUUGAGCACUACGCCUCCAAGAGGACCAAGUUCAUCAUGGCGCACGAUUCCCGAAUUGCGUGUUUUUCUCUCACGCAUGAUGGCAGGUUGCUCGCCACCGCCAGCUCCAAGGGCACCCUCAUUAGGCUCUUCAAUACCCUCGAUGGUUCAUUGCUCCAAGAGGUAAGGAGGGGUGCAGACCGAGCAGAGAUAUACAGCCUUGCAUUCUCUCCUACUGCGCAGUGGCUGGCUGUUUCAAGUGACAAGGGGACCGUUCAUGUUUUCAACCUGAAGGUUGAUUCUGGACUGAUGGGGCAUGACAGAUCGAACAGUACUUCGGAGGCUAAUCCUGCUAACCCUACAGCUGUUUCAUCUCUUUCGUUUAUUAAAGGUGUGCUACCUAAGUAUUUUAGCUCGGAGUGGUCCGUGGCUCAAUUUCGCUUGCAAGAAGGUUUGCAGUAUAUUGUUGCAUUUGGCCAUCAAAAGAAUACAAUUGUAAUACUAGGCAUGGAUGGCAGCUUCUACCGAUGUCAGUUUGACUCUGCGAGCGGUGGAGAGAUGACCCAACUUGAAUAUUAUAAUUUCCUAAAGGCAGAAGACACAUUCUAGUUGAGUAUGGAUGCAUCAUGUAUAUACUUCAGUGGAUCUUGCUUUCAAUACUAUUUGGAUUUUCUGUUCACCUCGUUGUUUGAAACUUUUAAACUGUAAAUAUGAGUACUGCUAAAUCCACUAAUGUUGUCCAAUUCACUCUGUUGGGUGCUUGUAUAUAUGAACUAUUUAACACCUCAUUACAAAUUAGAAUGAAUUGUCAGCAGCAUUCGCUCCAGAUUCACUA